UUACUGUCAUGAGUCCCAGAGUGGGAGUGGCCACAGGUGUUCACGCUUCGGAAAACAAGUAAGAUCAUGUCAAGGAGUGUCCAGUGGAUGGAGAGGCUUGGGGGUCAAUGGUGACCGUGGUAAGAACUGAGUCCAUGGAGUGGGGGCGGAGGAGAAACAGCCUAGAGUGGGAUGAGGAGGGAGAGGGAGGCGAGGGUAAAAGUUAGGCCAUUCGAAGAAUGAAGCUGUGGGACUUCCCUGGCGGUCCAGUGGUUAAGACUCUGCGCUCCCAAUGCAGAGGGCACGAGUUUGGGGAAGAUCCCGCAUGCCGUGUGGUGUGGCCAAAAAAAAAAAAAAAGAAAAAAAAGAAGAAAGAAUGCAGCUGUGAAGGGGAAAUUAGAGGGGCAGCUGGAGAGGUUUUUUCAAAGCUGGGAGAGAGUGGUGGUUGGAGCCCGCUCCCAAUCGCCUGGUGAAGAAGGAUAGUAGGCAAGAGCAGGACCAAAAGGAGGGCUUGGGGAAAGUUGCGGAAGGAGAUGAUAAAGGCCUGCGUCCGGGAGCGAGACCGAUCCCCGGGUCUCAGGAGCCCCUAUCAGGCUGGCAUUUCCUCCCCAUCUCCACCCGCUGACCAGGCCCUCCCUGGAGCUGGAAGAGAGAAGGACCAAGUCACACCCUGGAAGAAGCUCUGUGGCUCCGGAGGUCUUUCUGCUGGCCUGUAAGCUGGGGCCGGGGGAGGAGGGAGCCUGAGGGACGGAUGCCAGCCAAGGACCUGGAGCUAGCAGUUUAGGCUUUGGGGGGCUAGGGGAGGGAAGGGGAGUGGAGGAGAAGAGGUGUGGGAGCUGAGUUUCUGGAAGGGAUCCUGGAGGCUGCAGUGGGGGCUGGGGCCUGGAGGAAUACUGUCGGGGGCCGGAGGGGCGCCCACUCAAGCCCCCCUUGCCCACAGGUCCCCAUGCCUCUCUUCCUCUUGCUGCUCCUGCUGCCAAGCCCUUCACACCCCCACCCCAUCUGUGGCAUCAGCAAAGUGGCCAGCGAGGUGGAAAUGAACUGUGAAAAUAAGGGGCUGAAGGCACCACCUCCAGGUCUGCAAGCAGAAACCAACAUCCUCCGCCUGGGUGGGAACCCCCUGGGCACCUUCUCCAUGGUGUCCAUGGUGAAUCUGACUCACCUCACUCAGCUGCACCUGGAGAAGAGCCAGCUGACCAGCCUGCAGACUGACGCGACGUUGCCCCGGCUGGAGACCCUGAUUAUAUCCCACAAUACGCUGAGAAGCCUGCCCUUGUUGGGACGGGCGCUGCCAGCACUCUAUACCCUGGACGUCUCCUUCAACGAGCUGGCCUCAUUGUCUCCUGAUGCCCUGGAUGGCCUGAGCCACCUCCAUGAGCUCUACCUGCGUGGCAACGAGCUGAGGACUCUGCCCCCCCGGCUCCUGCAGCCCACGCCCAAGCUGAAGAAGCUCAACCUGGCUGAAAAUGGGUUGAGUGAGCUGCCCCCUGGGUUCCUGGAUGGGUUGGAGGAACUUGACACCCUGUACCUCCAGCGGAACUUGCUGCGCACGAUACCAAAAGGCUUCUUUGGGGACCUCCUCCUGCCUUUUGCUUUUUUCCAUGACAACCCCUGGUUCUGUGACUGCGGGAUCCUCUAUUUCAGCCACUGGCUGCAGGACAAUGCCAACAACGUGUACAUAUGGAAGGAGGGUGUGGACGCCAAGGCCAUGACCCCCAACGUGACGAGCGUGGGGUGUGCCAAUUUGCCCAACACGUUUGUCUACACCUACUCAGGGGAGGGCUGCCACACCCCUGGCGACAGGGACAGCAUAGACUACGAUGUCUACGAAGAGGAUGACGAGGUGCCUACCACAAGGGCUGCGGGCAGCUUCUCUACCCACACCAGUGCCCACACCACCCACUGGGGCCUGCUCUACUCCGUGCCGACUGCUCUGCUAGGCCCCCAAGUGUCCUCCUUGCCUCCAACUAAGGAACAGACCACGUUCCGAAUUUCUACAGGACCCAUCACAUUCUCCAAAACUCUAAAACCCACCCCAGAGCCCACAGCCCCGAGCACCCCAGAGCCCACAGCCCCGAGCACCCCAGAGCCCACAGCCCCGAGCACCCCAGAGCCCACAGCCCCGAGCACCCCAGAGCCCACAGCCCCGAGCACCCCAGAGCCCAUAGCCCCGAGCACCCCAGAGCCCACAGCCCGGAGCACCCCAGAGCCCACAGCCCGGAGCACCCCAGAGCCCACAGCCCGGAGCACCCCAGAGCCCACAAGCGAGACCUCUGAACCCACCAUAUCUUUAACCUCCACAGAACCCACUUCACCUCCCACUAUCUUAGAAUCCACCACAGCCACCUUCUCUGAAUUUGUCAACCUCCUGAAGGCCCAGGGGGUGGCUCAGUGGAAUGCGGAGAGUUCCAGAAAUGACCCCUUUCUCAAUUCUGACUUUUGCUGCCUCUUCCUGGGCUUCUAUAUCUUGGGUCUCCUCUGGCUCCUGUUUGCCUCUGUGGUCCUCAUCCUGCUGCUGUUCUGGGUCCAGCACGUGAAACCACAGGCCCUGGCCACAGUCACACACACCUCGCAUCUAGAGCUGCAGAGGGGAAGGCAAGUGACAGUGGCCCGGGCCUGGCUGCUUUUCCUCCGAGGCUCGCUCCCCACUUUCCGCUCUAGCCUCUUCCUGUGGGUGCGGCCUAAUGGCCGUGUGGGGCCUCUGCUGGCAGGACGGAGGCCCUCAGCCCUGAGCGUGGGUCGUGGUCAGGACCUGCUGGGGACAGUGGCUGUUAGGUACUCUGGCCACAGCCUCUGA